AUUAGUUAAAAAGAAGUUUGAGGAUGGAAUUUAGAAAUAGACCUAAGUUCAGGGGCUUAAUUAGCUAAAAAUGAAGUCCUGGACUGGGUCGCGGUCGAAGAGAUCGCGUCCUGCAGACGGUAAUUUUGCCGGACGUCACUCAGCUCUCCUCACCCCUCUCCUUCUUCACAGAAAGAAAGCAUCGAUUUUGCUCUUCGGAGAAACAGAUUGCACACACUCUUCCAUCAAUGGCUGAUCCUGAACUGGAAGCAAUUAGAAAAAGAAGGAUGCAAGAGCUAAUGGUUCAACAUGGCAUGGGAAGUCAGCAAAACUCUGAGCAACAAAAUGCUCAGGAAGAGGCUAAGAGGGAGGCUGAAGAACGGAGGCAAAUGAUGCUCAGUCAGGUUGUGUCAUCUGAAGCAAGAGAAAGACUUGCUCGAAUUGCCUUGGUCAAACCUGAAAAAGCGAGGGGUGUUGAGGAUGUCAUACUUAGAGCUGCUCAAAUGGGUCAGGCAGUUGAAAAGGUUUCUGAAGAAAGGCUCAUAUCACUACUUGAACAGAUAAACACCCAAACAACCAAGCAGACCAAAGUUACAAUCCAGCGGCGUCGAAGUGUUCUUGAGGACGACGAUUAGAUCAGAUAUGAAACCCGUGCUUUGCAAUCCAAUAUUUGAUAUACUACUCUUCUUUAUUGGUCGUAUGUCUCUGGUUUGGACUUACUCUGUUGGUUGUGACUUGUGAUAAUCUCAACUGCAUUUCCCUUGACUCCUUUUGCUUCUGUGCUUAUUAAUCUUAUUCCCCCUAGUCCAUGGUCAUACAUGUCAAUUGUUGUACAGUAAUGAAUAAGAAUAGUGAGGGUGACAAAUUUAAUUAAACAUGUAAAACUUGAAGUAGAAAGUGGGUUAGUGGGGUUUUCUUUUGGAGUUUAAGGAGCCUGAUUUCGAAUUUUUUACACGAACUCUUGUCCCAGUUCAUUAGAGCUGUGUACAAGUUGAACAAAAUCAAGAUUUUUAUGUGAAGGUUUAUUUGAAGGGCAGGAACCUGUACUUUUCACACCAUCUCCUUUAUGGUUUCGAGUUUUCUUUAUGUGAAGGUCAUGAACGUGUACUUUUGAGGACCACUUGAUUACAAUGAUUUAAGCUAUUAGGUCAUUGUUAUAGGACCACUUGAUUCACAUUAAAGUUAUGGAUCCAUU